UUUAGCGCCAUCUGCUCGCCGCGCCGCCUUCUGCUCCUCCCGCCGCCGCCCUGAGUCACUGCCUGCGCAGCUCCGGCCGCCUGGCUCCCCGUGCUACCCACCGAUAUUUGGCGUUCAUACAACAUGGCAGACAUCGACAACAAAGAACAGUCUGAACUUGAUCAAGAUUUGGAUGAUGUUGAAGAAGUAGAAGAAGAAGAAACUGGUGAAGAAACAAAAAUCAAAGCGCGUCAGCUGACUGUUCAGAUGAUGCAAAAUCCUCAGAUUCUUGCAGCCCUUCAAGAAAGACUUGAUGGUCUGGUAGAAACACCAACAGGAUACAUUGAAAGCUUGCCUAGGGUAGUUAAAAGACGCGUGAAUGCUCUCAAAAACCUUCAAGUUAAAUGUGCACAGAUAGAAGCCAAGUUCUAUGAGGAAGUUCAUGAUCUUGAAAGAAAGUAUGCUGUUCUCUAUCAACCUCUAUUUGAUAAGCGAUUUGAGAUCAUUAAUGCCAUUUAUGAACCUACAGAAGAAGAAUGUGAAUGGAAACCAGAUGAGGAAGAUGAAAUUUCGGAGGAGCUAAAAGAAAAGGCCAAGAUUGAAGAUGAGAAAAAGGAUGAAGAAAAAGAAGACCCCAAAGGAAUUCCUGAAUUUUGGUUGACCGUUUUUAAGAAUGUUGACUUGCUCAGUGAUAUGGUUCAGGAACAUGAUGAACCUAUUCUGAAGCACUUGAAAGAUAUUAAAGUGAAGUUCUCAGAUGCUGGUCAGCCUAUGAGUUUUGUCUUAGAAUUUCACUUUGAACCCAAUGAAUAUUUCACAAAUGAAGUAUUGACAAAGACAUAUAGGAUGAGGUCAGAACCAGAUGAUUCUGAUCCUUUUUCUUUUGAUGGACCAGAAAUUAUGGGUUGUACAGGGUGCCAGAUAGAUUGGAAAAAAGGGAAGAAUGUCACUUUGAAAACCAUUAAGAAGAAGCAGAAACACAAGGGACGUGGGACAGUUCGUACUGUGACCAAAACAGUUUCUAAUGACUCUUUCUUUAAUUUUUUUGCCCCUCCUGAAGUUCCUGAGAGUGGAGAUCUGGAUGAUGAUGCUGAAGCUAUCCUUGCUGCGGACUUUGAAAUUGGUCACUUUUUACGUGAGCGCAUAAUCCCAAGAUCAGUGUUAUACUUUACUGGAGAAGCUAUUGAAGAUGAUGAUGAUGAUUAUGAUGAAGAAGGUGAAGAAGCGGAUGAGGAAGGGGAAGAAGAAGGAGAUGAGGAAAAUGAUCCAGACUAUGACCCAAAGAAGGAUCAAAACCCAGCAGAGUGCAAGCAGCAGUGAAGCAGGAUGUAUGUGGCCUUGAGGAUAACCUGCACUGGUCUACCUUCUGCUUCCCUGGAAAGGAUGAAUUUACAUCAUUUGACAAGCCUAUUUCAAGUUUUUUGUUGUUUGUUUGCUCGUUUUUGUUUUUGCAGCCUAAAAUAAAAAUGUCAAAUAUAAAAAAAAAAAAAAAAAAAAAGAA